AUGAGUGAAAUGCUUACACAAGAACGGAUUGCUAGAAGAUCUCCCACAGGAAAUACCAGCAUUAUUCCAUACAAGGGCAAAUUAUUGGAUGGACUGCCAUACGAGAAGGACUCUGAGACUCUUAAACUCACGAGAGUCUACCAUUUCAAGGUCAAUGGGAUGGUAAGACCUUUACUGCUCAUCCCAAGUAUGAUACAUCGACAAGAGAAAUGGUCGCCUUUGGCUAAAGGCGAAGCCACAAAAGACAUUUUCAUUGCGUCUAUUAAGAAGCAUGGAAAACUGACGGACCAAUACUGGAUCGAGACACAUGUUGCAGGUCAUGUCCCCAUCAUCUCGAGGCACAUGAGUCUCGAUCUUAUGAGGGCCGGAGGCCGUGGCUGGCAGUGGCAACCACACAGCCCAUACUACAUCAGCAUUCUCACGAGGCGGAAUCCAAAAACUAGUGACGUUAAGGACGGCGAGAUCCAUUUAUACAUGACGGUGGCGGAUGGCAUUGUCUUCGGAUUUCUGUUCCCUGACAAAGAUGGAAAUGCACCUCCGUUUAGCGUACAUCCAAGUCAUCUCUCCAAAUGGGAGAUUGGUCCUACUUCGUCGAAUCUAAAAUUGGAUCCGAACAAGUUCUCAUUCAACUCGACGAUGAAUUUCCCGGUAUCGAAAGGAUUCGGCUAUAUUUUUGGCAAUCUCCGGGAUGACAACCUCGGGUCAACGGACUGGGAGUUUCUUUCAACUCGAGUGGGCGGAUUUACACCGUUCAAUUCCAUUUUCAAGUAUGACGUGGAAACUACUAAGCUGGUCACUUACUCGGAUGGCCCUCACCGCCUCUACCAAGGACCUGAUUUUAUACCUCGCUUCCCUCUGCUCCAGAAGGCAAUGGUUGGUCAAUAG